AUGACCAUCACCUCGGUGCAGACCCUUCUCCCGGGUCGCUUUGAUAUCAAUGCGACCGAGAAGAGAACCCCGAAACCGCCACCACAGGUCUACGGCGUUGUCGACUUCCCCUUCAAGGGCUACAAUCCUCCGCAGCCCGAGGGCUAUGAGCAGAGCCGCUCCCAUCCCGACACCAGCGCCAUCGUCAUCGACAAUGGCUCCAGUACCAUGAAGGCUGGGUGGUCCUUCGACCAGAACCCGCGCUUCGUCCUGCCUCCCACCAUGAGCCGCUACCGCGAUCGCAAACUCAACAAGCAGUGCAAUUUCAUUGGUUACGAUGCAUACGCUGAUGCGACCACCCGAGGCCAGCUCCGACAUGCCUUUGACCCGGGCAGCAGCGUUGUCGGGAACUGGGAUGUGAUGGAGGGCGUGCUGGACUACCUGUUCCUCAAGCUCGGCGUGGACGGCGCCAACGGGGGGCGAAUGAUGAAUGAGAUUAUGUUCGAGUGCUAUUCCACGCCGUCCGUGGCCUACGGUAUCGACUCCCUCUUCGCCUACCGCUACAACAAGGGGACAGAUGGCUUGGUCGUGUCGUCCUCACACACCUCGACGCAUGUUAUUCCCGUCCUGAACUCGAAGCCACUUUUCUCGAACUGCUCACGACUCAACUGGGGUGGAAUGCAUAAUGCCGACUACCUGCACAAGCUGAUGAAGCUCAAGUAUCCCACGUUCCCCACGCGCAUGACGGAUCAUCAGAUGGAAGACCUGGUCCACAAGCACUGCUACGUGUCUCCGGACUACGACCGCGAGCUGAGUGGAUAUUUGGAAUGGACCGGCUUGGAGGACCGUGAUCAUGUUAUCCAGUAUCCAUUUACGGAGCCUGUUGUCAUCGAGAAGACCGAAGAGGAACUCGCCCGGAUCGCGGAGCGCAAGAAGGAGAGCGGCCGCCGCCUUCAAGAGCAAGCGGCCAGGAUGCGGCUCGAGAAGCUCGUGAAGAAGGAGCAAGAGCUAGAGUAUUGGAAGGACUUCCAGAGCAAACUUGCCUCUGAAACCAAGAAGGAAACCCGCCGGAUCUUGGAGGCGGAGGAUCUCAAAGACGAAGCUCAACUGGAGCGAAUGAUCAGGGAACUAGAGAAGUCGAUCAAACGCUCACGCAACAAAGAUCUGGGAAUCGAGGAGACAGAGGAGCAACCGGAAGAAAUGACGUUCCCAUUGCUCGAUAUUCCUGACGAAGAACUCGAUGAGGCCGGAUUGAAAGAAAAGCGACACCAGCGGCUCAUGAAGUCCAACGUGGAUGCCCGGCAACGGGCCAAAGCUGAGAAGGAACGGGAGAAAGCUCGGCAGGACGAAGAGGAACGUCUUGACCGCGAAAAACGUGAGAAUAAUUUUGAGAGCUGGAUCUCCGAACGGAGAGCCAAUCGCGAGACUAUCAUGCAAAGGAUCAAAGAGCGAGAUCGCAUGAAGGCAGAUCUUGGCAAUCGCAAAUCCCUAGCCAGCCAGAUGCGGAUGAAGACGCUCGCCAACCUCGCCUCGGAUGGCCCCAAGAAGCGCCGGCGUGGAGGGGAUGACGACGAUUUCGGCGCCAAUGACGACGACUGGGGCGUGUACCGAACCGUGGCCAAGGAUGAGCAGAGCGACGAAGAGGAAGAGGAGGACCUCGGCGGCAUGCUCAACAACAUCGAGCAGGAGCUUCUCGAGUACGAUCCCGAAUUCACCGAGAACCAUACUCUUGCGGCACAGACCGACUGGACCAAGAGCUUGGUACAUGCUUUUCUGCGCGGACCCUGGCCUUUCGACGGGGAGAGCCACCGCGAGGCACAUCAGCUCCACCUCAAUGUCGAGCGGAUUCGCGUGCCGGAGGUGGUCUUCAAGCCAUCCAUCGCCGGAGUUGACCAGGCUGGUCUGAUCGAGAUCGCCGCCGAUAUCAUCAAUCAGCGCUUCUCCACCACGGAGGACCGUUCCCGCCUUCUCAAGGAUGUGUUCCUGACGGGCGGCAACACCCUCUUCACUGGGUUUGAUGAGCGCUUCCGCAACGAGGUGCGCGCGUACUUGCCGAUUGACGGCGAGUUGAGAGUGCGCAAAGCGUCGGACCCCAUCCUGGAUGCGUGGAGAGGUGCUGCGCAAUGGGCCGCUGGCGCCGACCUGGGCCAGUCAUCCAUUACGCGACAGGACUAUCUAGAAAAGGGCAGCGAGUAUAUUAAGGAGCACGAUCUGGGGAAUGUUACGUGGUAA